AGAUAGCUGAGUUAAUAAUUAGUGCAGCAAUGAAGAAAUCAGUCGAGACGUUCGUAGAUGAAGGAGCACCAAAUCAUGUUCACUCUUCUACCAACAAUAACAAUGGCGGUUGGAUUUCAUUUCCCUUCAUCAUAGGGUGCAUGGCAGGAUUAUCAGUGGCAGCAGCAGGAUGGAAUAACAAUUUGAUAGUGUAUUUAAUAGAAGAAUUCAAGAUGAAUAGUGUGAGUGCUGCUAAAGUAUACAACAUGGCGAAUGGGUGCAGCACUAUUUUCCCUAUUUUGGGGGCCGUACUCGCUGAUUCUUUUCUUGGAUCUUUCUCCGUCAUAUGGAUUUCUUCUUUCAUCUCUUUGCUGGGAGUGUUGCUUCUCACCUUCACAGCAGUCAUCGACACAUUAAGACCUCCAAAAUGCUUUGAUGGUUCAAAUGAAUGCAGAAAUGCAUCAACAUUCCAUCUUACAAUCUUAUAUGCAGCUUUAGCUCUAGCAUAUUUGGGAAACGGAGGAACACGUUUCACCAUCGGAUCAAUGGGAGCUAAUCAAUUCGAUAAGCCAAACCAUCAAGCGAUUUUCUUCAAUUGGUAUACUUUUGCGCUCUACACAUCUAAUGUGAUUGGUAGCACAGUCCUUUUGUAUAUUGAGGAAAAUUUUAGUUGGGUACUUGGGUUUUCCAUCUGUGUCGCCUUCAACAUCCUUGGCUUGGCUAUUUUCUUGUCUGGCCGCCGCUUCUAUCGCCAUAUUGAGCUACAACAAGAAAGCCCGUUCAUGAGUUUAGCUCAGGUCGUCGUUGCUGCUAUUAGGAAGCACAGAGAACCAUUGUCAUUAGGAGGUGAAGAUUAUUACCAUGGAAUGAAAAAACAGGACACUUCAACAAGUGCUCAUGACCUAACGAAUCCUAGCAAAUUCUUCAGGUUCCUGAACCGAGCAGCUUUGAUCACGGAAGGAGAUAAGAAACCGGACAAAGUCGCUGGUGAGCCAUGGAGACUAUGUACAGUGCAACAAGUAGAAGAUCUCAAAAUCUUGAUAAAGCUAUUUCCAAUAUGGACUACUGGUUUGCUUCUGUGCACACCACUAGUCAUACAAACCAGUUUAGCAAUCCUCCAGGCCCUGAAAAUGGACCGGCAUUUAGGAUCCAAUUUCAAAAUCCCAGCUGGUUCUGUCAUAGUCUUCACGUUGAUCUCCACAUGCAUAACAAUAACAUUCAUGGACCGACUCCUAUUCCCCUGGUUGACUAGACGCAUUCGUACUUCUCUGACACCGCUCCAACGGGUUGGGAUAGGACACGUCAGCACGGUUGUCAGCAUGGUGUUAUCCGCCCUCGUCGAGUCAAAGAGGAUAAAAUUGAACAAAUCCUACCACCAAAAUAAUGUUGUGGUGCCCAUGUCAGUCUUCUGGCUCGCACCACAACUAGUCAUUACAGGUAUCGGUCUAGCUUUUCAUUCUCCAGGAUACGUGGGAUUUUAUUACCAAGAAUUUCCAGGGUCGUUGAAAAGCACGUCUACCGCGGUCGUGGCGGUUUUUAUGGGUGCGGCAUUUUAUCUAGGGAAUGGGGUGAUGGAUUUGGUUCAAAGAGUGACAGGUUGGUUGCCGGAGGAUAUAGAUAAUGGUAGGUUGGAUAAUGUUUUUUGGGUGAUUUGUGUUUUAGGAGCUUUAAAUUUUGUGUAUUACCUUGUAUGUGCUUCAUUGUACAAGUAUAAAAAUGUUGACCAGGAACUAAAUGAUUCUAUCGACAAAAUAGAUAGAAAUUAGCACAAAUGAAAUAGUCCUGUAUUUAUUAUGUAA